UUAACAUUUUACCGACCGAUAGCCGAUUAAUCGGGUUUUUGCCGCUGACGCUUACCGACCGAUAACCUAUUAAUCGGCUUUUUGUCGUCGAAGCUUACCAACCUAUAGCCUACCUAUAGUUAAUCGGUUGCCAUGGCGAUAAACAAUCUUUCUCAUUAUAUGAGCAGUAAUUUGUUAUUUAGUACUAAGGUACCUUGCUCAGUUGCGUCAGUUGCGUUGCUUUGUAAGCUCCCACAGUUUUAUACCAAUUCGAAAAACUUACCGUUCGCGAUGAACGAAAAGAAUGGUAUUGGAGAGUUUUAUUUAGAUGAUCUGUCAGAUUGUCCUGACAGUUAUUCAAGAAGUAAUAGUGGUGACGAAAGUGAUGGCAGUGAUACAAUUAUUCGGAAGCGAGGUUCUGUAUUGCCACCAAGAUAUAGUGAUUCAGAAGAUGAUGAGAUAAAUAACGUUGAAGACAAUGCAAAUAACGUUGAAAAUAACGAUGAUAUAUGGUCGACGAACGACGAAGCAAUAAUUUUGGAACCUUUCGAAGGUAGCCCCGGCCUAAAAAUUAUGCCAAGUUCCGCAGAAAGUGUGACGGACAAUGUCAAUUUAUUUUUUGGAGAUGACUUUUUCGAGCACUUGGUGAGGGAAUCCAACAGAUAUCAUUAUCAGGUUAUGGAAAAAUAUAAAAUUCCAUCAAAAGCGAAAAAAUGGACAGAUAUAACGGUACCGGAAAUGAAGAAGUUUUUAGGGCUAAUAGUUCUAAUGGGACAAAUAAAAAAGGACGUUCUUUACGACUAUUGGUCCACUGAUCCAAGUAUAGAAACUCCAUUUUUCUCACAAGUAAUGAGCAGGAACAGAUUUGUGCAAAUAAUGCAGAGCUGGCAUUUUUGCAACAAUGACAACAUUCCUCACGAUUCACAUAGGCUUGCUAAAAUCCAGCCUGUUAUUGAUUAUUUUAGGCGAAAAUUUAACGAUGUAUAUAAACCCUGUCAACAAUUAUCUUUGGAUGAGUCUAUAAUUCCGUGGAGAGGUAGGCUAUCCAUUAAAACGUAUAAUCCCGCAAAAAUUACAAAAUACGGAAUACUUGUGAGAGUACUGUCUGAAGCUGUCACAGGAUACGUAUGUAACUUUGAUGUGUAUGCUGCUGAUGGCAAAAAAUUAGAAGACACUGCGGUUAUUGAACCGUAUAAGAACAUAUGGCACCAGAUUUAUCAGGAUAACUACUAUAACAGUGUAAAAAUGGCUAGAAUUCUCUUGAAAAAUAAAGUGCGAGUGUGCGGAACCAUUCGAAAAAAUAGAGGUCUUCCUCGAUCACUGAAAACAAUACAACUUUCAAGAGGUCAGUACGAAUUUCGUAGGAAUCAUCAAAUUUUGUUAGAAGUAUGGAAUAAUGGCAGAAGAAAUGUCAAUAUGAUCUCAACUAUACAUUCUGCACAAUUAAUGGAAUCCAGAAGUAAAAGUAAAAGAUCAGACGUCCCAAUACAAAAGCCUAAUUCAAUCAUAGAUUAUAAUAAAUAUAUGAAGGGCGUAGAUCGCGCGGACCAAUAUCUAGCAUAUUAUUCCAUUUUUAGAAAAACAAAAAAAUGGACUAAACGGGUUGUAAUGUUUUUUAUCAACUGUGCACUUUUUAAUUCAUUUAGAGUAUACACAAUCCUAAACGGAAAAAAUAUUACGUACAAGAAUUUCUUGCACAAAGUCGCAGUUUCGUGGAUAGAAGAUGGUGAAACUAAUUGUACGGAGCAAGAUGACAAUCUACCUAAUUCCGAACCCACAAGGAGAGCACCCAGAUUAGAUCAUCCCGGAAGACUGUCGAAUUAUGGAAAACAUAAACUUAUAAAUAUAGUAACAAGCGGUCGAAGUUUAAAACCCCAAAGACAAUGCAGAGUUUGUGCAGUUCAAAAAAAAAGAAGCAGAACAUGUUUUGUUUGUAAAUUUUGCAAUGUUCCACUGCAUAAAGGCGACUGUUUCGAACGAUAUCAUACUUUAAAAAAAUAUUAAACUAUUUCACAUUUGAACUAAAAACCGUUGUAAUAGAUAAAAUAAAUAUAAUUUAGUAUUAAUAUUAUGGAAACAAAAGAUUUUAUUCAAUUUAAUUAUCCUAUAGUAACAAAAAGCGGCCAAUUUUAUCUGAGCAUACGAAAAGCACAGAUACUCCCGCCCGACAGUCUAAACCGAAACAGAGCCGGCGCCAGGGAGAAUCUGCGCCUGAGCAGCCGGUCGGACGUGCGUUUGCUGUUGAACCGCUAGUGAGUCAAUAGUCACUUAUAGUCAACCAAAUAAAUUUAUUUGGAAAGCAUUUUAAUUUGUAAUUAUUUUAUUAUGAAUGAAAUAAAAUUGUUUCUAACCAUUUCGAUUAACAUUUAAAAAGUCGUGUUUUAUAACCUUUUUAACUUAA